AUGUCUAUAAAGCAUUUCUCUGUGGAGUACGGUCAGGUAAAUGGAAGAGGAACUUUCUCUUCUGGAGAUGUCCUGUCUGGAAGAGUGACCGUGGUGGCCAGCAAGGAGACCAAAGUGCAGUGUUUGGUGGUCAAAGCUAAAGGAAACGUGGCGGUCAAAUGGUAUGUUCAAGAUGGGCCAACCACGGCGCCCCACCGAGAUGAGAAGAAAUACUUCUACUUGGAACACAUUAUUCUUCAGGAUAAGAAUAAAGGAGAUGGAUCAGAAAUUCUUCAUCAAGGGAGAAGUGUAUAUCCUUUUACCUUUGUGAUUCCAAAUAUAGAUAUGCCUUCGUCCUAUGAGGGAAAAUGGGGCAGAAUCACAUACAGUUUACAAGCUCAAUUGACUCAGUCAAUCUGGAAGAUACACAAAACCAAGAUCGAGUUCCCAUUUCUUUCCAAGUCUGAGUUCCCCUUUGCUUCCAAAUCAAAAAUGUUGAUUGUCGGACUGCAAGACCGGCAAUGUGCAACCAAAAUUUCCUUUUCUGGCUGUGGAAAGGUGACUUUGAAUGUGACUUCACAGAAAAUGGGACUGACACAAGGUGAAACGAUGGACGUUUGUGUUGAAGUAAUCAACAGAUCGAACGGUGCAGUGACACCCAAAUUCUUCCUUUGUGAGAAGCAAAUCUUUGUCGCUCAGGCGGAGACUAUUGUGCACACAAAUGAGAUCCUCUUCGGCACAGGAGAGUCCGUCUCAGCUUGGACCACUCGCACCAUAAGCAAUGUUUUAAGUAUCCCCGCACAGCUCUGCCCCACCUUCUUCAACUGCUCCAUGAUCAAGCUUGAGUAUACACUCAAGGUCACUCUGGGUGACCAACUUGCAAGAGAUGCAGACAUGAAACUUCCUCUGGUCAUUCUAUUGGGAUCAUCCCAACCAUGUCAUCAAAAACCAAAGCGUGGAAGCUUCCACUUGAUGUAA